AUGGCGACCCCCAUGCAAGACCCGGGCGAGAAGUCGCUCGACAGGCUCCUCGCGACCCUGACCACCUCGCUGCACCCAGCCACCUUUGUCUUCGCCGCGCUGGACACCACCAAGACGGCUACCACCCUGCCCCCGCUCGCCGAGGUGCAGCUGCUAUUCCGCGAGCGCGAGGCCGUCACCGUCAUCGUCACCAAGGAGUACGCCGAGGCGAACGCCCUGGACUACCUGUUCCCGAGCCGGAUGAUCACGCUCGAGGUGACGUCGAGCCUGGAGGCAGUGGGCUUCAUGGCGGUGGUGGCGACGAGGCUGGCGACGCUGGGCAUGGGCGUCAACCCGGUGAGCGGCUUCUACCACGACCACCUGUUCGUGCCGGAGGGCAGGGAGGAGGAGGCGAUGCGGGAGCUGGAGAGGCUGGCAGAGGACAAGAGGCGGGGGUUGUAG